GGACGCAGGGGCUUGGGGUCCAUUUUUGUCUGGGCGUCGGGGAACGGCGGCCGAGAGGGCGAUUACUGCUCCUGCGAUGGCUACACCAACAGCAUCUACACCAUCUCCAUCAGCAGCACCACCGAGAAUGGCUACAAGCCCUGGUACCUGGAGGAGUGCGCAUCCACCCUGGCCACCACCUACAGCAGCGGAGCUUUUUACGAGAGGAAAAUAGUCACCACGGAUCUCCGGCACCGCUGCACCGAUGGCCACACCGGCACCUCUGUGUCCGCCCCCAUGGUCGCCGGCAUCAUCGCCUUGGCUUUGGAGGCAAACCCCCUGCUCACCUGGAGGGAUGUCCAGCAUCUCCUAGUCAAAACCUCACGGCCAGUGCAUCUGCGAGCGGCCGACUGGAAGACCAAUGGUGCAGGGCAUAAAGUUAGCCAUCUAUAUGGCUUCGGUCUGGUGGAUGCAGAUGCUAUUGUAGUGGAAGCCAAGAAGUGGAAGACGGUCCCUCCUCAGCGUGUCUGCGUGGGAAGCCUGGACAGGGUGCCCAAGUACAUCCGUCCGGACCACGUUCUGCGUGCCAGCACCCUCAGCAACGCCUGCGCCGAGCACCGCGACCAGCACGUGCUCUACUUGGAGCACGUCGUGGUGCGACUCAGCAUCUCGCACCCGCGCCGGGGCGACCUCCAGAUCAGCCUCAUCUCUCCGGCGGGGACAAGAUCGCAGCUCCUCGCCAGGAGGGGAACACGGAGCUCAGACCUCUCACGUGUUGGGUGGGGGAAGCUGAAGGAGUGGAGCCUGCUCUUCUACGGGACAGCUGAGCACCCCUACACCACUCCGGGUGGUCCCCAGUCCCGCGGGAGGAUGCUGGAGGUGCCGGCAUCCGAGAUGGAGCCGUCAGGAGCCGCUUUCCUGCAGAGCCAGGUGGAGGUGGCGGAGGAAGAGGAGGAGUACACAGGUCCGUGCCACCCUGAGUGCGGUGACCAGGGCUGCGACGGCCCCAACGCCGACCAGUGCUUGAACUGCAUCCACUACAGCCUGGGCAGCGUGAAAACUGGCAGGAUGUGCGUGAGCUCUUGCCCCGCUGGGUUUUUCGGUGAUGAAGGCGCCCGGAGGUGCCGCCGGUGCUACAAGGGCUGCGAGCGCUGCGUCGGGAGGGGACCGACCCAGUGCACGACGUGCAAGCGGAGCCUCUACCAUCACCCAGAGAUGAGCACCUGCGUGGUGCUGUGUCCACCUGGGUUUUACGCCGAGGAACGUCAGAAACGCUGCCUGAAAUGUCAUCAAAGCUGUAAAAAAUGUGUCGGUGAAGCAGACAAAUGUACUGCAUGCAAAGAUGGAUUCAGCCUGGCAGGAGAGAGCUGUGUGCCCGAGUGCCAGCCCGCCAUGUACCUCAGCCGGGAGCCCCGGCGGUGCGAGACCUGCCCCGCCAGCACAGGGCCGGGUGAGGAAGACUGCGCACCCUGCACCCCGGAGACCCCCUCACCCCACUGGCGCUGCGUCCCCGCCUGCCGUGAGGGCUUCUACCCCGCGGAAAGCCACGGGCUGCCCAACAAAGUCUGCAAGAGGUGCGACGACCAGUGCUCAGCCUGCGAGGGCUCCGGUGGAAACUGCCUCAAGUGUAAAGAAGGUUUCAGCCUCCUCGGUGGCUCCUGUGUAACAAAUGAAACCUGCACCAAUGCUGACAAGACUUUCUGUGAGAUGGUGAAAUCAAACAAGCUCUGUGAAAAGAAGCUGUUUGUGCAGUUCUGCUGUCAGACGUGUCUUAUGGCCGGGUAA